ACUUUGUAUUUAUUAGUAUCCAUUUUCAGCAUUGUCAUGGAAGUCAAAAUCUUUCUUAUACUUGUACUUGUAACUGUUGGCGUUGUAGCCAAACGCAUAAAGGAACCUUUUAAGGAUCAAAUUUUUGGACUAGGGAGAAAUGGUAAUAGAAUAGUGGGUGGAAUGGCAGCUGAAGAAGGAGCAGCCAAAUACCAGGUCUCACUACAAAAUUUAUACGGUGACCAUAUGUGUGGUGGAGCUAUAUUAAAUAAGCAUUGGGUAGUGACAGCUGGUCACUGUGUCGAAGAUAUUGUUUCUGAACCUUCAAAACUAUUGGUCAUAAGUGGAACAAAUCGUUAUGCUCACGCGGGACAAAAAUCUUUAGCAAAGGAAAUUCAUGUUCAUUGCAACUACAACCUUGUUCCGUAUAUGAACGAUAUUGCUCUCAUUAAGCUAAGGGACGCUAUUAUUUUCGACAACAAGACCGAACCCAUUGAUCUUCCUUAUCAGCCGCUAGAACCUGGUGACACUCUUGUUUUAACUGGAUGGGGCACAACUGAACUUUACGGUGAAGUGCCAGACGAAUUGCAAACUCUGACUGUUAAUUUUGUUCCCUUCAAAGAGUGUACGGAAGCUAUGACUGAUUAUCCCUAUGUUGGAAUAUACCAUAUAUGUACUUUCACUCGUGAAGGAGAGGGAGCAUGUCAUGGUGAUUCAGGUGGACCUUUGGUUCAUGAUGGUAAGCUUUACGGUGUAGUGAACUGGGGAAUGCCCUGUGCUCAAGGACGUCCAGAUAUGCAAGCAAAUGUGUUUUAUUAUCUUGAUUGGAUUCGAACCACAAUGGAUGGCUGUGUUAAUUAAAAAAAAAUUAAGUUUAAGUUAUUAUGUAAGUGAAUCAAAAAUUAAUAAAUUGUAUGCUUUCUUUUGAGAUGGA